UACGUAUAUUUCCUCUAGGGUUUCAGUAGUUUGUUGGUUACAGGGAGAGAGAGAGAGAGAGAAACAGAAACAGAGCGAGUUUGAAGAUGCAAACGGAUAAAGGUCCUGAAUCGCAAGAGAAUAAACAACCACCGUCGCCGCGAGAGCCCGAGCACGAGGCGGAGAAGCAUCAGGAUGCGGAGCAAAAGCAGGCGGUGACGACGGGGGCUGGGGCGAAGGUUGUUCCGGUGGCGGCGGCGGCGCAGCAGCAACAGCCACCGUGGGUGCCUAUGCAAUACCCGGCGGCGGCAACGGUAAUGCAGCAUCAGAUGAUGCCGGCGACGCAUUACCCGCCUCACUACAUGCCUUACCACCCCCACUUCCUCCACCACCCUCCGCCGCAUGCGCAGCCGCAGCAGCAACAGCAGCAUGGAGGAUCUAAUGGCGAGAACAGAACAAUCUGGAUCGGUGACCUUCACAAUUGGAUGGAUGAGGAUUAUUUGCGUAGCUGUUUCGCCUCCACUGGGGAGGUUGCAUCCAUUAAGGUGAUCAGAAACAAACAGACUGGUUUCUCAGAGGGAUAUGGUUUUGUAGAAUUCUAUUCUCAUGCUGCUGCAGAGAAAGCUCUUCAGUCAUACACCUGCAUUUUAAUGCCUAAUACAGAUCAACUCUUUCGUCUGAAUUGGGCAACAUUUAGCAUGGGGGAGAAGCGUUUAAAUAAUGGUUCUGAUCUUUCUAUAUUCGUAGGAGACCUAGCUGCUGAUGUUACUGAUACCUUACUACUUGACACAUUUUCUAGUAAAUAUCCCUCUGUUAAAGCUGCUAAGGUGGUCAUUGAUGCCAACACUGGUCGUUCAAAAGGUUAUGGAUUUGUAAGAUUUGGAGAUGAUAAUGAGAGGUCACAGGCCAUGUCUGAAAUGAAUGGUGUGUAUUGUUCAAGUAGGCCUAUGCGAAUUGGUGCAGCAACACCACGGAAAUCCUCAGGGAAUCAACAGCAACUUCCUGCACAAGGUGGAUAUUCAAAUGGUUCUCCAGCCCAUGGGUCACAAUCUGAUGGGGAUUCUUCUAAUACAACGAUUUUUGUUGGAGGUCUUGACCCAAAUGUUAGUGAUGAAGAUCUUAGACAGCCUUUCUCACAGUAUGGUGAAAUAGUUUCCGUAAAAAUUCCAGUUGGAAAAGGAUGUGGAUUCGUGCAAUUUGCUAACAGAACUGAUGCUGAGGAAGCAUUACAGAAGUUGAAAGGUCUUGUAAUUGGAAAACAGACCGUUCGCCUUUCUUGGGGACGAAAUCCAGCACAUAGACAGUCGAGAUCUGAUUUCACGAACCAGUGGGCAGGGGCGUACUAUGGAGGACACUUCUAUGAUGGCUACACUUAUGCUUUCCCGGCCCCCCAUAACCCGAACAUGUAUGCCCCAGCAGCCUACGGGGCUUAUCCAAUGUACGGAACCCACCAGCAGCAAGUAAGCUGAAUGUCUGCCCAGGAAGACUACUUACAGUUGAGAUGGCAUUUCUGGCCAUCUAUUUGAUUCAUUAUUUGGGCAUGUAGAAUUUAGUUAACCCUCCAAACCAGGAGUGGCAUUGAAUUUUGACGUAAUUUAGGUAGUUUACCUAGGAAUUCUAUUAAACAUUUAAUUAUAAGUUUGGACCAGACAUAAAACUUCAUUGGAAUAAAUAUUGAGCUUGCAACAUUAUGUGGUUCCAUAUUAUUUC